UUUGGAAAAAUAAGGCAAAAUGGGAGAGGUGAGGCUUCAUGGAUUUUGGUAUAGUCCCUUUACUUUAAGGGUGGUAUGGACCUUGAAGUUAAAGGAUAUACCAUACGAGAAUAUAGAGGAAGAUCGGUACAACAAGAGUGUUAAACUUCUUGAAUACAACCCAGUGCACAAGAAAACUCCAGUGCUAGUUCAUAAUGAAAAACCUUUAUGUGAGUCCAUGAUUAUUGUUGAAUACAUAGAUCAGGUUUGGCCACACAACCCAUUGCUUCCUUCUGAUCCCUACAACAGAGCUUUGGCACGGUUUUGGGUUAAUUAUACUGAAGAAAUGUUCGCUGCAGUUGUGAAAUUCUUCCGUAGCAUUACUGAUGAAGAACGAGAAAAGAGCAUGGAGAAUCUAUGGAAGCAUUUCAUGGUUGUUGAGACUCAGUGUUUUGGUGAUGAGAAGAAAAUUUUUGGGGGAGAAAUUAUUAACAUUGUGGACAUAGCUUUUGGGUCCAUGUUCAAAUUUCUUGAGCUUGCAGAAGAUAUUAUUGGAGCGAAGGUCCUUGAAGAUGAGAAAUUCCCUCAGCUGUCUUCCUGGUAUAAUAAUUUCAAGAAUGUUCCUGUUAUUAAAGAAAAUCUCCCAGACCACGAGAAAAUGGUAGCUUUUCUUAAGAUUUUUAGAGAGAAAAACUUGGCAUCUUCCUAAGAAAAUGGUCUUCAAAGAAACAAAUGUAAUAAAUGUGAGUGUUAAUAAAAGAGUGGCGUGUGAGUCAACCCUCUAAGUAUCUGAAAAGUUAUUAUAAUGUUAACCAUUUUCUUUAGUAUA